GUUAAAUGCUUCCGAGGAGAACGAGCCCAUGGUGAACCUCAGCAUUCAGCUCAACGUGAGCGCAGGGAACUGGACGGAGGAGCCGGACUUGGACGUGAACCAGGCGGUGGUCCUGGGGCUCACUCUAGCCCUCUUCAUCCUCUUCGCCAUCGUGGGCAAUAUCAUGGUCAUCCUCUCGGUGGCUUGUAACAGGCAACUGCAAACCGUCACCAACUACUUUAUCAUUAACCUGGCUGUGGCUGACCUGCUCCUAGCCUCCAUCGUCCUGCCUUUCUCAGCUACUCUGGAGGUCCUGGACUACUGGUGCUUUGGGAGGAUCUUCUGUGACAUCUGGGCAGCUGUCGACGUCCUGUGUUGCACGGCUUCCAUCAUGAGCCUGUGUAUCAUAUCCAUCGACAGGUAUAUAGGUGUGCGCUAUUCCUUGCGAUACCCAACCAUCAUGACUGAGAAGAAGGCGGUGUGGAUUCUCAUAGUCCUCUGGUUGUCCUCAAUGGUCAUUUCCAUUGGACCCCUUCUGGGCUGGAAGGAACCCGCACCAGACGAUGAGACGGUCUGCAGUAUCACGGAGGAGCCCGGUUACGCUCUCUUCUCCUCACUCCUGUCCUUCUACCUCCCCCUUAUGGUCAUUCUGGUCAUGUACUUUCGGAUCUACGUGGUGGCCAGGCGGACCACCAAGAGCCUUGAGGCCGGGGUGAAGAAAGAGCGCAGCAAGACCAUGAAGGUGGUCCUGAGGAUUCACUGCAAGAGCGCGAUUGACGAGCCCAAGAACAAAGGGCAGCAGUUCCGCAGCUCCCUGUCCAUGCGCCUCCUCAAGUUCUCCAGGGAGAAGAAAGCCGCCAAGACUCUGGGGAUUGUGGUCGGUGUUUUCAUUCUCUGCUGGCUUCCCUUUUUCAUCGUCUUACCGCUUGGUGCUUUCUUCCCUCUCCUCAAACCCUCCGACAUAGUUUUCAAGGUGAUCUUCUGGCUGGGCUACUUCAACAGCUGCAUCAACCCCAUCAUCUACCCCUGCUCCAGCAAGGAGUUUAAGAGAGCCUUCAUCCGGCUGCUCAAGUGUCAGUGUCGUAGACGGAGACGGCCGGUCUGGAGAGUCUACGACCAUCACUGGCGCUCGUCCAUCUACAGCUCCGAGAGGGGCUCUGAGGGGGAUAUCAUGUCCCAAGCUGGUGUGAGCCAUGAGAUGCUGUCGAUGAACAACUCCUUCAUAUUUAACCAUGAACACCAAGCCGUUGUGGGUGGGGGGAACGAGAGCACGGACACCAACGGCACGAGUGCCAUCGGCAUUCCUGGCUCUUGGAAGCUUUUCAGCUCCUUGCGGAAAUCUCAGCUGGGUUUUAUGAGCAGCCUCUCCAACAAACUCAGGACAGGCCCACGGCACGCUUGCCCCAGCAGGAGGGCGGAUGGCAACGCCACCGUGGAGUCUAUUUCCAUCAGCGUAUGCCAGGAGCAAACUGGCUACCAGAUCUACGAGGAGAAAGACUGCUUCGGACUGAAGGAAACAGAUAUUUAGAAGCAGCACAAGACAGGGCCGGGAAUCUGCUUCAAUGAAACAUACUGUUCUGUGGUGUAAUUUGUCAAUGGUUAGUGUUGUGUUUGCGUUGCCAGGAUUUUAAUGCCAUCACAAGGUAUGUUGAAGGCAAUGUCCAAUAUCUGACUAUGUGUAAGGCAGAAGUCAGAGGCAGGAAAGGGAAGGGGAGAGUGAGGGAGUUAUGUCAUCAUCCAAAGCCUUGGCUCUCAGCAACCUGUGCCUAACACUCUCCGGAGUUGAGUAGCAGAGUGCAGCCCUCCAGGGAGAGAGUGUGCGUUCCAUUCCAAAAAAUGUCCAUGUGUAAGUAGUAUAUGUAAUGUGGAACUCC